AUGGCGCAUGUACCCAGACCUAAACUCACCGGGUGGGCGGCGGCUGCAUCUGCGAAGCGCAGCGCGGGCCCUGCCGCAGGCAGCCACAGCGGAGCAGGCCGCGCCAGCAGCACGAGCAGCGCAGCGGUGGCGUCACCCGGCUCCUCGUCAGGCUCUGCGGCUUCAUUGACGCCGUCGUCUGCGCAGCGCGACGGCCCAGCCCACGACACGAAGGACGGCAAAAAGACGCGUAGGCAGCGGCACCCGUUCAACGCGCAGGAGGUUGAUACCUUCCUGCGGGAGCACUUCAAACAGCACGCGCUAAAGGCUGCAGUGUGUCCAUCGGCGUCGCGCCGCGUCUCGUGGGACACCAGCACGUCCAGCAAGUGGAAAUCCAAGAGAUACGGCUGUCUGAACGAAGUGGCCAAGGCGCUGCGGUCGUGA